CUGGGCUCGAGAUUGAUGAAGACUUCGAAGAGUGGCGGAAAGCGUUUUCUUGUCAUUGGGAUAUCUUUAGUAACUGGUGUUGUUCUUCUUGUAAAUGGCUGGAUCCUUAGUACCGGAAGUGUGUUUGAAAACCGAGCGUUUUUUAACUUUAUCAAGAAACAAAUGAAUCAGGUAAAGCUCCGUCCUUCAGUAGGAGUUCAUUGAGGAUGCGGAAAAUUUGGUCUUAUAUAGUGUUUGGGGCCGUAAACUGCAACUCGAUCGGCUUGACAACGAUUUUUUUUUCGGCUGCCAUCUCAUUUGCAAUAGUAUUCCAAGAUUGGACGUUCAAUUUUUGGUGUACCCCAAUUCGUAUCCUAACCUACUUCACAAAGAUGACAGGCCCAGAAAUCCGUUCCUCGAUUGCCCUUCACAAAAGACCUUUCAAGAUUUAAUUUUGCAAUUGGCACUCUAAAAAGUGUUUGAAAGCUCUUGGGUACUUUUCAUAACAUCUGUGAAGAAAAAAAUAUUAAACCUUUAUUGCAAAAACCAUUAGGUUCUCAUAAGAGUAGUGCAGCCAGGUCAAAUUCUAGAUCCUGAGGCAGUGUGUAAAUGCUAAAAUCCCUCUCAGAGGGGGAGUCCUCUCAGUCAAUUCCUGUGGAUAGCUCACACCCCCUCCCCCCAUCCUGAGACAAACCAUUGUUAGGUGCUUUAGGAGCACUCAAGCAAAGGUGCAUAAUUUAAUCAGUCUUUGAUUGUUCCAUCAACAUUUCAAUAUAAUGUACUAGGAAGGUAAACCAAUAGAAAGGUGGUCUGUUGCUUUUGUUAAUCCUUUAACUCCCAAGAUCUCAAUACUAAUUCUCCUUACUGUCUGCUAUACAAUUCUUGUGAUGUUAGUUUGGAGAAUUUGGUAGUGGAUCAAAUCACAAUCCCCAGAUUGAUAUUUUUCUUUAUUCUUAUCACUUGUCUGAUUGAUAUUGUAUUGAUAUUGUAAGGAGAAAUUCUGUCUUGGUCACUCAUGGGAGUUAAAGGGUUAAGUAGCCAUUGGUUUAUGGAUGUUAUUAGAAAUUUAAAUCUUUGACCUAGGAAAGUGUGCAUGGUGUCUUAACUUAUAAAUAGUGCGAUUUAAGUCAUUUAGUGAGGAAGUGUACAUAUUAAGUUUUAUUAACCUUUCUGGUUAGUUGUUAAAAUAUGAUUUCUCAAUUUAACUGUUGCAUUUCAUCUAGGAAAUGGCUGCGGAUAAACUAGGAUUUUUAUUUGCACGAAAGGAAACCAUGACUGAAAUAACAAAAAUGGUCAAGAAGUUCCCACCAUUGCUUGAGAGGACCUUUAUCAGCUGUGAGAAUGAAAGAAAAGUCAAAAGUGGGGAAACUUCUGAAUUCCGUGUGCUUCAGUGGAAUGUCCUUGCUGAUGGUAAGCAGAUAUUUUUACUAACCCUCAUCUUUAUGGUCAUAUAGGCCCUGCUAUGCGCUUGUCUCAUGAAAGACUGUAAGCUUUACAUUUCCAAAUUUGCAGGUAGCACUCAGUUUGCAAAGGGAAAGAAACUCCAGAAAAAUUAAAACUUGAAAAAUCUGAAUGAAAAACUCUGCAAGUGUCUCAUUAUAUUCUUACUUUGUUGACUUUCCCAAAUUAAUAUGAUCCAUUGACAAAUUAUCCACAAUUUCAAGAUCCCCUCUGUACCACUCAACAGGAAAGAAGAUAUGAAGAUAUCAGGUUUCUUUCCUCACAUAUUAAUGUCCGGCGGAUUCAGUAGAAAUUGGCAAAACUAGCUAUGGUUAGUAAUUUCACUUCUGCCGGCAAAAUGAAAUACCAGUAGAUUGCAAAGACUUGAUUAUAUUUAGGAUGGAAAGUAAGAUAUUGAUCAUGUAUUGAAUAAACCCCUUUACUCCCAUGAGUGACCAAGAUAGACUUUCUCCUUACAAAAUCAAUAAAAUACCAAGCAGACAAGUAAUGAGAGUAAAGAAAAAUAUAAAUUAGUGGAUUACAUUAAUUGAUCAAAUACUAAAUUCUCGAAACUUACUCAUAGGAAUUGUAUAGCAGAAAGUAGGAGGAAUUACUUAUUAGAACUUGGGAGUGAAAAGGUUAAUGAAUCUAUCACAAGCAUCUAAUGUCUUGAUUCCUGUUAGCAUUGAGCACUUCAAGUCCAACUGAUAACUUUAUCAAGAGUCCACCUGAAGCUCUUCUGUGGUCAAAACGAAAGCUCCGAUUACUUCAAGGGAUAUUGAUGUAUGAUCCAGAUAUCAUAGCUCUAGAGGAAGUUGACCAUUUUGAAGAUUUUUUCUUGCCCUCACUUCAAAAACUUGGAUAUGAGGGACUGUUUGUGGCUAAAAGAGAGUCUCCAUGCCUCAAGUUUGCAAAUAACUCAGGACCUGAUGGCUGUGCUUUGUUUUAUGAUCGAGACAGAUUCUCUCUUCAGAAGCACAGAGAUAUCUCACUAAAAGAUUCUAGUGGAGAAAUCACUAAUCAAGUUGCUUUGAUGGUGAACUUAUUUGAUAAAAUCCAAGGCAAAACUCUUUGUGCUGCUGUCACUCAUUUGAAAGCCAAAGAGGGUCAUGAAGAUUUGCGGCUGAGCCAAGGAAAAAGUCUUUUGCAGUCAAUUUCUGAAUGCAUUGGUGAUGAUAAGGCUGUGAUAGUACUUGGAGAUUUUAAUGCAGAGCCAUCAGAGCCAGUCUGUAAACUGAUGGAGGAUAAUCAAUACUUGAGAAUGAAAAAUGCACAUGUUACUGCCACAGGCAAGAACCCAGAGUUCACAACCUGGAAGAUUCGCCCAGGAAAAGAAGUGAAACAUUCUAUUGACUAUGUAUGGUAUUCUGAGAACCUUAAUGUUACAGGGUGCCUAGAAAUUCCGGAAAGUGAUGGUGUUCCUGAGGAACGCUGCCCUAGUUUACAGUAUCCAUCUGAUCAUUUUUCUUUGGUGUUUGAUUUCUGCUGGGGAUGA